AUGGCAAUGGAUUCACAGCCUUUCAGAGGUCACAUUCCCAAUGGAGUGCCACCAAACCGGACCUACCAAGAGGUGUACGCCGAGAACGGUCGGUGGUACGGUACCUUCAAGAAGGGGAAGUAUAUGUUUCCCAUCGACGAAACCGAGCUGGAGAGGCUAGACGUUUUCCACAAAGUCUUUCUAGUUGCGCGCCGAGAUGCUAGCCAUAGCGCUCCCCUCCACAACCAGGAAACCCCCCGCGUUCUAGACCUGGGCUGCGGCACAGGCAUCUGGGGCAUCGACAUGGCCGAUAAAUACCCCGGUGGAAUUCACGUGGGCCUCGACCUGAACUACAUUCAACCAGAAUUCAUCCCUGCCAACAUGCGCUUCCUGCAAAAGGAUAUCGAAGACAGGUGGCAGGAUCUGGAGCCGGGUUCCUGGGAUCUCAUUCACAUGCGCGCUCUCUACGGCAGUAUUAGCAAUUGGCCUCGCGUAUACGCCGAGAUUUACAGACACCUCAAGCCAUAUUACGGUUACUUCGAGCAGGUUGAGAUAGACUGGACCCCCCGCAGCGAUGACGGUUCUUUGCGCAGAGAUGGAUACGUUGUGCAGUGGGCGAAUGAGCUUAUGGACGCAAUGGAUAGUUUUAGUCGCCCGAUACGCUUGGACAGCAACCUCACCAAGCAACAAUUAGCAGACGUCGGAUUCGACGAAAUCAAGGAGGAGGUGAUCCAGUUGCCUCUCAAUGGUUGGCCUACCGAGGUACACGACAGAGAACUCGGCCGCUGGUUUAACCUCGGGGUGCGACAAGCCUUUCAACCACUCAGCUUGGCACCCUUAUGUCGAGGCCAUGGUCGGACCCCGGCUGAGGUGGAAGAGCUGGCCGAGAAAGCCAGGGGCGAGGUUUACAGCAACACCGUGCGCGCAUACUGCACAUUGCACAUUUUCACAGCCAGAAAGCCACGGUGA